AUGGUAUUGGCCAAGAGCAAGCAGGCCGUCGGCCUGGGCAAUGCCCUCAUGAACGACCGCUUCAAGAACAAGAACUCCAACCAACACAAGGCCAACGCCGGAGGAAUUCAGAGAAAGGGCCAGAAUGGAGAGACAUACAUCACCAACAACAAGCAGGCUGCUGCCUACGAGAAGAUGCGCUCCGUCACCGAGCAGGGCGAUCUGGACGAGUUCUUGUCCACCGCAGAGCUGGCUGGCACUGAUUUCACCGCCGAGAAGAUGAACAAUGUCAAGAUUAUCCACAGGGACCAGAAGAACCCUUACCUCUUGUCUUCGACCGAGGAGCGCAACGUCGUCAAGAAGCACAACAAGAACAGAAGCCGUCUUACCGUCCCCCGUCGCCCGAAAUGGGAUUCCACCACCACCAAGGACGAGCUGAACACACGUGAGAAGGAAGCCAUGAUUGAGUGGCGCAGAGAUCUUGCCGAGCUGCAAGAGAACCAGGACUUGCUCCUGACUCCUUUCGAGCGCAAUCUCGAAGUCUGGAGACAGCUUUGGCGUGUCAUUGAGCGUUCCGACCUGGUCGUGCAGAUUGUCGAUGCCAGAAACCCCCUCAUGUUCCGCAGUGAAGACAUGGAGUCUUACGUCAAAGAGGUUGACCCCAAGAAGCGCAACUUGCUGCUCGUCAACAAGUCGGAUAUGAUGACGCUCGAGCAACGCCAGACCUGGGCCAAGUACUUCAUCGACAACAAGAUCAAUUUCCGUUUCUUCUCCGCAGAGCUCGCCCGUGAGCUGAAUGACGCCAAGGCAGAGGAGGAGGAGUCACAGACACAAGAGGUGGACAGCGAGGACAACGAGAGCGAGGAUGAGGUGGCCGAGGCGCUAGAUGGAGACGAGAAUGCUCUGGAGCAGGAGGCCAAGAAGCUCGACAUCCAAGAUGUGCAAGAAGAGGAAGCCAAGUGGGUUGAUGAAGAGACCAUUGACAACAAACACGCUGCGCCUGUAUCCGAUGUUAUCCCCAUGUCGCUCGAGGAGGCCACACGUAUUCUGACAACCGAGGAUCUGGAAGCUCUUUUCUUGGAGCACGCUCCUAAGAUGGCUGCCGCUACCGAGGACAAGCCCGCUCGCAAAGUACAGAUCGGUCUGGUCGGUUACCCCAACGUCUCUGUCUCUGCCACCCCUGGUAAGACGAAGCACUUCCAGACCAUUCACUACUCAGACCAAGUCGUGCUUUGCGAUUGUCCUGGUCUAGUGUUCCCCAACUUCGCCUUCACAAAGGCAGAACUCACAUGUAACGGUGUCCUGCCCAUCGAUCAAAUGCGCGAGUACACCGGUCCCGCAACCAUCGUCGCUCAACGCAUCCCCAAGCCCUUCCUCGAGGCUGUUUAUGGUAUCAAUAUCAACAUCCGCUCUCGCGAGGAGGGUGGUACCGGUACACCAACCGGCGAGGAACUGCUACGCGCAUACGCCGCCGCACGUGGUUUCUUCACACAAGGUCUUGGUCAGCCUGAUGAGAGCAGAGCCGCCAGACUGGUUCUCAAGGAUUACGUCAAGGGUAAACUGCUGUUCGUACACCCUCCUCCCGCAGAGCCUCCGAUCGACCACAAGCACUUCAAUCGCGAACUCUACGACUACAACCACCUUCCUCAAAAGCGACGAGCCCAACUCGCAGCUAUGCACUCAGCUGCAAGACACCCUGAAACACAAACCGGCGAUGAGCCAUCGCUUAUGGAGAACGACGAGCUCGACAUGAUCCCCAUCAGUGGAGCAAAGACACAACGUAUGGACAAGCAAUUCUUUGCACCUGGACAAGGUAGAGGAGAGCAAAACAGGCCCUUCCAUCACAAGUACACAGAGCAAGGACAAAAGCAAGUGGAAAACACCGGUGGCAGGAUGUUGACAGGCCGCAAAGCUAAGGUCAUGAUGGCUCUGGAGAAGGACAUGGACCCCGAUGAUGUGAAGAUGAUGAUGUCGUCAGGCAAGAAGCACUUCAAAGCCAACAAGAGGGCGCAAAAGAAGGUUAGAAGCGAGUACAACGACUGA